CUGCGCUCGGCAGCUAGUGACAACUGGUGAGCGAUUUCGUCGCCCGUCUAGCCUCCUUUUUCUUUUUGUCGAGCUGGAGAGUGUCGCAAGAUGCAGUAAUCAGCUGGCAUGGCUGUCACGACUCUCGUAUGGGAGGCGUAGGAGGAGCGUGAUCUUCGUCACCGUGUUUCUCGCAACUUCCCGAUUCGCAUUUAACGAUAACGCGGACACUGAAUUAUUUCCGUAGCAAGUUUUCAAACAAAGGUAAAUUUAAUGAUCCCAUGGAUGCGUGACCAAAUAGCAGAGGCCUGGCAUAACAGAAAAAGCUCAAGGGCAGCUGACAGGCGGUCCUUGGCCCUUUCUUCUGCCAGCGCAGGCAACCCUGCCAGCAAUAACACCAUGCACAUGCCAGUGCCUACCUCACCUGAAGGCUUCUCUGUCAAUGUCAUCAGUUUAGAAGGCGACGUAACGAGUAUCGCGAUAAAGCCGGACUUCACUGUAGAGAAUAUCAAAAAAUUAGCUGUAAUGCAUUUCUAUGGGGAGGACACGAGUAAACCCGUCUCGUACUACCGCUUGGUCCAUUCGGCCAAGUUUAAGCAGCUGGUGGAUGAAAAUUGUGUGUACGAUGAAGAUAUCAACGAGUGCGAUGAAUUGUUAUUAGUGGAAAUUCGGUCAACCGUUAUACAAGAGAGUCUCUCGGAUGAAGCUCUUAAGGGUCCAAGUUUAGAAGCAAUAAUUGAAGUUACGAGUGAUAUACCUAUUCGCAACGCACCGAAGGCUGUGCCACCGCUGAUGGAAUGCGUCACCGAUAUGCAGAGCGAGAUUCGCAAGAUCCUGAUAACUCUCGUGCAAGUGUCUGCAAAGAUUCUGAUGCUGAGUCCGGAAGCGGACAAUUUAUACGACAUCAUCAAGGACAGACUGGAGGUGCGGUGUAGGCCCGUUAACGAUCCGAAGGCCACGAAGACUCUCAUGGAAAUGGGCUACCCUCAAAAGAAGGUCCUGAAAGCGUUGCGCCUUCGAAAGUCAAAUAUAACGGAGGCUCUGGAGUGGCUCAUAGAACACCAGGAUGAUUCCGAUGACUCGGAUGACGGUGACGUGGAUUUUCUGUCCGCGGAUACAACGGCAAACGGGAGUGUCGCGGGUCCUAGCUCUUCAAUAGGCACGAAGAAAAAGCUCCUGAAGGACGCGUGUGCCGAACUCUUCGAAGCAGGAAAUCAGGACCGGAGGCAACAAAAUUUAGUGCAUAUCGUGGAACUGUUCCUAGAGAGCCUUCGCCAAUACAGGAGAAUGGAGUUUAAGCUUAACAAAAGAGCGAUGCGCUCGCUUGUGGAGAUGGGCUUUGAGGAGAAGAAUGUCAUAGGAGCGUUAAAAAUUACUGGAAAUGAUCAGGCUAACGCAUGUGAGUGGCUGUUGGGCGAGAGGAGACCCAGUUUGCAAGACUUGGACAAGGGGAUAGACACCGACGGGCAGAUUUACAAAGCAAUCAUGAGCAAUCCUCAUAUCCAGCUUAGUCUUACGAAUCCCAAGGUAUUAAUUGCAUUCUUAUCGAUAAUAGAGACGCCAGCGUCGGCGAACGCGUGGAUCAACGAUCCCGAGGUUUCACCGGCGCUCAGCCAGAUAUCCAAGACAUAUCAAGUCGAGAAACAUUUCAUCCACAUGAGUCGUUUUAUCUAGCGCUCCUGUGAAACCCCUGCUCGAGCCUUUGCAGAACAUCGAUAUUUUUAUAUAAAUUUACAAGUCACUCUCGCGAAGAACAAUUUUUCAGCUAGUCAGUGAUCAUUUAUAGUAAUUGCUUGCUUGUAACAUAACGUGGAUCAACGUUGCUCCAUGCGGAUCUCCUUGUACGUUGUAACAAUGCCAAUCGAUUGAUCAUGCUACCGAUCGCGCGCAACGGUCCUUAUGUAGAACUGCUUUCGAUAUUGGAGAUCGCUUUCAAUAUUGAACGAGUUACUUGUUGAUAAUUGUUGGAAGGAGGGGCGGAAGAAGAGAAAGAAUAUGUUCGAUACGAAGAAAGCAAUUGUUUUUCUCUGUGUAAUGUC